CAAGAUGGCCGCCCUCGUUGCUGAAAACUUCCGCUUCCUCUCCUUGUUCUUCAAGAGCAAAGAUGUGAUGAUCUUCAACGGCCUGGUGGCCCUGGGCACAGUGGGUAGCGAGGAGCUCUUCUCAGUCGUUGCCUUCAACUGCCCCUGCUCCCCAGCCCGUAACUACAUCUACGGGCUGGCUGCCAUCGGUGUCCCAGCUCUGGCACUCUUCCUCAUCGGUGUCAUCUGGAACAACCACACCUGGAACCUAGUGGCUGAGUGCCACAAACGUGGCACCAAGAAUUUCUCCACUGCUGCUACUUUUCUCCUCUUUGGCUCCAUCAUGGGCCGGGCAGCCGUGGCACCCGUCACCUGGUCAGUCAUCUCGCUGCUGCGUGGGGAGGCUUACAUCUGCGCCCUCAGCGAGUUUGUCAGGCCAUCCUCCCUGGACAAGUUCCCAGCUGAGUACGGAGCUGAGGUGCUAGCAAGGUUCCCCUGUAAAGACAUACCAUCGAACCUCACCAAGUUCAGGGACGAGGUGACACGGAGGCUGAGAUACGAGUCCCAGCUCUUUGGCUGGCUGCUCAUCGGGAUCGUCGCGGUCCUGGUUUUCCUCACCAAGUGCCUGAAGCACUGCUGUUCACCACUGAGCUACCGGCAGGAGGCCUACUGGGCCCAGUACCGUGCCAACGAGGACAAGCUCUUCCGCCGCACAGCUGAAGUCCACUCCAGGAUCCUGGCAGCCAAUAACGUGAAGCAUUUCUUUGGUUUUGUGGCGCUGGACAAGGAGGAGAAGGAGUUGGUGCAGGAGUUCCCAGUGGAGGGUGUCCAGCCAAGCCCCCAGUGGAACGCCAUCACAGGUGUCUACAUCUACCGGGAGAACAAGGGCUUCCCCCUCUACAGCCGGCUCCACAAAUGGGCCAAAGGGGUGGAAGGGAACGGGCCAACCCCAGAGGGCCAUGAAAUGCUCUUUUUGGCUUCUUAAGACAGACAGGCACUGGGAGCAGUUCCCCAGACUGCCUGGCAGGCCUAUCAGUAUCGGUGUGCAGCUGAUGGAUUCACUGGGAAUAUUGCUCCCAGCAGGAUUACUUUUCUCAGAAGGUAAAAAGGGAUCAACAGCCUCAAGGUAGAGGCCGAUAAGCAAUAGAGAAAACUCAGGAACCCCUCCCUCGGAGACAACCAUCUUGCCAAUGAUCCCAGAGAUACAAGGGGAGCAAACAGCAGGUGCACCACCUUACCUCCAGGCUGGUGGUGAGUCCUGCUGUCUAAUCACCAGCAGAAACGUCAGGGAGCAAGAGGUGGGACCAUUUCUAACUGUGACUACUGCAGUCCCACCCAUCUUACCCCCAACCCCAGCAGGGCUAGCCCUAGCCUUCCCACACACCCACCUUCUUACGCCAUUCUGCAGUGCCUGUUAUACAGGAAGGUCAUGGAGUACUUUACAGACUGCACAGAGCAGGGCAAGAGGGAAGCAGUGGGUAAAUACCUGUGGCAGCAGAGAUGCAAUAACAGCUGGGAAGGAGUGGGUCAGUAAUACAGCAGCACACCAAAUAAUCAAGAGACUAAGGCAGGAGGAAUCACCAAUAUUCCUGGUAUUCAGAAAGACACUCUGUAAUUACAUAGCUGAAAUUUGGGUAGGACUCCAAACUCUUUGUCCUUAUUGAAGUGCCUAGCAAUCUCUAAUGAGCCCAAAGGGUCGCAGCCACGAGUUUAUAACUCUGGAAGAUGGCACCAUCAGCAGAAUAGCUUUCAGGUAAGCUGGCUGGGUAGAGGAGCAGUACUCACAGUGAAUCACAGCACUGUCUGCAGUUCAUCGCAUUGCUCAUCCAUCACUGGAUGAGAGUCCUGCUUGUUUGUGUUGAUGAGUUGCAGCAAGACCCCAGCCAGAAUUAGUUAUAUACAUAUAAUUAUAUAUAUACACACACAUACACGCACACUGAGUAAUUAUACUUAGCUGUAUUAAAUCGAGCAUCUUUCUUCCAAGGAAAAGGGGCAAGAAACUUGCCAGACGAAAUACAUUACAUGCACUCACCUGCUGCAUUGACAACACAGCCCUGCGGUGACAGGAGACAGUGGGAAUGGGAUGAAGAAGGCACGGCCUUCUCCCUACUCUUCCACCACUGAACUUCCUUAAACUCCUUUCACCGCUUUAAAUGGUCCCUGCAGCAGACUCUCUUUUAGGGACUCAGCUCUACUGAGAGAGAGGUACCAAAGAGGUAUAAAAUUACUGCCAUUGCUGUGAUGUAGUGCUGACUUCGGCCUACAGGCUAUUCUUAUGGUACUGCCGUCCCUUUUCACCCCGUACACCUAACACUUAAGAAGUGGCAGGACAAUGGAGUUUGGUUUUCCUACUUGGACUGUUCCAUUAUAGAUACAACUUCCGUUUACACUAUGCCUUUUACUGAAAAGCCUUGAACUGUUCAAAAACACAACUCAAACCCGCUGAACUCAGAGGGGCUUACGCGCAAAGAGAUUUGAAAUAAACUAUUAAAUUCUUUUUCA